AUGAGCAGGCAAAAACGGGAUCCUGGAUAUGUCAUUGGUCUAGAGGAUCAAAUUGAGCUCCUGAAUAGUGAGUUGAGCCGUCUUAAAGAUCUGAACUCGCAAAAUGAAAAUCCGGGGCAGCAUCACAAGGAACCACGCUUUGAUUCUACUACGGAGCAAGACGAAGCCUCUUCCACUUUUUCAAAUGGUUCGAAGAAACCUACACCUAUCGAGGACGUGAGUUCCAUGAUAUGGCGCAUGAGUAUUGAAGACUCCGGGGAACCGGCUUUCAUCGGUCCAUCUGGGAACUCUUGUUUUCCUAUAGCACAAAGGAGCCCGCCUGGGAAUAACAUUGACAUCGAAACGUCGACCCUGAAACGUCCCGUUGUGCGGACAGAUCCAGGCAACCAUGAAGCGCGGAUCACAAAUCAUCUUAUCAACUUGUUUGUUGAAUUCAUCAAUCCAUUCCAUUCAUUCGUGGAUAAAAGCGCACUCGAUCAAUUAAGAGGCGAGGAUAUGAAUCCAGAGUUGAGCUUGGUCAAGCACGCAGCAUUGGCUGCCGCAUCAAUCUUAGCCGACGAUGAAGAAAGCCGUGCCUUUGGAAAUGAUGCAGCUUCUGCAGUUGAGUCUGUUCUGUUGCAAGCUUGCCGACAGUACCCCAGCAGUAUCUCACAUUUCCUAGCCAUGUGCGCUAGCAUGACGCUACAUCUUGGGCUUCCAGUCAGCUCUCUUCAUGCGCUACAGAAAUCUACGAAUGGAGAUGACCGCGCUGGAAUAGGUGCUGCUUGGUCCGCGCUACUGAUUGAUAGAAUAUCACCUCCUCCGCGAAAGCUGAUACAGGAAAACAGAAUUGCAACAUCACUCCUCGGGCGAAAUUGCAUGCUACCGUGGGCAAGGGUUCGAGCUCCUUCAUUUAUUCAAACUAUUGCCACGCCGAGUGUAUGUGACCUGGCUUUUGAUUCACAUUGCCGACUAUGGUUUCUUCAUGACCAGUGGAUGGAUAAGAUCUACUCGUUCGACUUUGAUGGCUUGAAUCACUCAGAACAACAUCGACUUCUUCUAAGCGCCCGCGAGCAACUACUUUCAUUCCAACGAGAUAUGGCCGAGCGCGUUCACCUGAAUUCGAAAAACUCAUCACCUGCAGUCAUCAUUCUUCACAUGACAUACAACAUGUCACAAAUCCUAAUACAUCGGCCUUUUCUCAAGCACCCCGCCGAGAGCAGUACAUUUCGUCUCUCCAUGCGAGCCAUGUCUAUUGCUUCAGUUUCUAUGGUCAAUCUGAUUCGCGAUUACGAAAAGGUGGCAAAAUUAGACAAAGCACCGCCGUACGUCGCACAUAGUAUCAUGACAGCCGCUGUCACUGCACUUUUAAAUGCAACCUCGACACAGCCGACUCUAAGGAGUCAGUCUAUCAGACAUUUUCGCGCAUGUUUCAAUGCUCUCAUGUCAAUGCAGAAAAGAUGGAUCAAAGCAAGAAGAUUCGUUCUCUCUCUUCAAGAUCUCGCGCAAAGAUGGGACAUUCUACAAGCUCUCCCUUUGCAUGGAUUUCCAGCAAGUGCUUCUGUAUCCACUGAGCACACUAUGGAAAUCCCCCAGUUAGAGUGUGACACAGCGUUGCAAGACGACCCCCUGGAAGAUUUUGAUAUCGAUAAUGUGUUGGCAGGUCUAUCAUGGUCUGAUUUCAGCUCAGUGGACUUUUUUGCUUCUUAUCAACCCGAGAUCACGGAUCUGCAUAUACCCUUUGAGUGUCAGCUUUAA